AUGGGAGCUCAGUUAUCGCUUGCGGAUGCAGAUCAUGUGUAUCCAGCUGUUGCCAAGCAAAAUCUCAGAUUUAGGAUAAUCACGGGAUUUGCUUUAUGUGGUGAACAUCAGGUAGAGGAGAUGUUGAAGAAGAUUAUCGACACAGAGGGUUGCGUGAUUCCACCCAAGAAAGCCAAGCUCGCCGGGCGGUUCAGAUUUACAACAUCUAUCGUUGCCAAGAUUGCAGCAUUGCAAAUAACUCGGACAGGCCUAAGCAAGAUAUUCAUGGAUGCUAUCGAGCGGUCGUUAAAGGCGGCGAAAGGGGAUAUCAGAAGCAACGUGCAGAGAUUAUUGAAAGGUGUCCGUUUUAGGAUAGUAACUCACUUAUUCAGUCGCCUGGUCAUUGUAAGCAAGGAGGUGGGCUUUGUCUCUAAAGAAAUUGACAUCGUGGAUGCUCUGUGCCAGUUACAGGAGAAGGAUGAUGAUUUUAUGGCACAGCGAUCACUUCUAGAGGAGAUUGCAGGCAAGCAUGAGCAGCAAAUCAUUUUCUAUCCAAAGUACCACUGCGAACUGAACUUCAUCGAGAUGUUCUGGGGUGCAAGCAAGCGCUAUACUAGAGCAAACUGUGAUUAUACUUUCAAAGGUCUGCAAGAAACAAUACCAAAGGCAUUGGCUUCUACUCUGACAAGUUUGAACUUGAUUUGGAACUCAAUUGGCAAGGAAGGGGUCUUCGCACUCUCAGAAGUGCUCAAGACCAACAAGGUUUUGACAAAUCUGAGCCUGUGGAAUAACUCAAUGGGGAACGAAGGAGCCCUAGCACUUUCAGAAACACUCAAGAUCAAUACGGUGUUGACAAGUUUGGGCUUGGGGAGUAACUUGAUUGGGAAGAAAGGAGCCCUCGCACUCUCAGAGGCACUCAAGGUCAACACCGCCUUGACAGACUUGAGCUUGGGGACAACAAAAGGUACUCAAGAUCAACACCACUUUGGCAAGGUUGGAAUUGAGUCAUAUGUCAAUCGCAAAGGAAGUAUACCUGGCUCUAUCAGAGGCACUCAGAACCAGGCACUAAACAGGACACAGCUUUGGUAUAGCACUAAUGACCCCUUCUUAGCUCCUUCAGGCGAUAAAGGUCUUUAUUUAGGAUGUCAUGGAGGCACAAGAGGUUUAAUGAAAGUCUAUAUUGAACUGGCAUAA